AUGGAUCCCAAUCAACACAACUCUUGGUCUAAUUUUAUGCAAAAUGGUGGCAUUCCUCCUUCUAUUCCAAAUCAACAAAGCAACUCAUGCAUCACAAAUAUACCUCUUAUCUCAAAUUCACACCAUAACCCAAAUUUUCAAAACUCUCAUUUUAUCCCAAAUUCACCAAAUAAUCCACACUUUGGAAAUUACUCAUAUCAUACACCACCUUAUCCAUAUCAAUAUCAACAAUUUACAUCUCAACCAACUAACCCCAAUAUUCCUCAUGUGGCUCAAAUAGGUAGUAGUGGCAUGCAAUCAAAUGAUCAAGAACACGAAACACAACAAUUUUGCACUCAAGAUAGCGUAGAAACUAUUAACCUUGGUGAAGAAGUUGUAUCUGCACCGGUUGCAAAAACGCCUAAACAAAGGUUCCAACAAAAAGAGGAUGAAGUUCUCAUUCAAUCAUGGCUCAACGUUUCAAAGGAUUCAAUUGUUGGGGUUGAUCAAAAAGGAGAUAGUUUUUGGAACAGGAUUGGCGAAGCUUACAACAAGCAUCGUGACGCCAAUUACAAAGAGAGGAAACCAAUGGCACUUAAAGGUCGAUGGCACAAAAUUAAUUCAUCUGUUCAAAAGUUUGUUGGAUGCUACAAACAAGCCGUGUCUACACAACAAAGUGGGAGCUCCGAGAGCAAUAUCAUGCAAGCUGCAUAUAAAAUUUAUUUCCAAGAUGAAGGUGAAAAGUUUAUUUUUGAGGCUGCAUGGAGAUUAUUGAAAGAUGAACCUAAAUGGCUCGCAGGUUCAUUGGAAGCUUCUACAAAAAGAACAAAGAAUUCAGCUUCAAGGGCAUAUUAUUCAUCUUCUAAUCCACCGACACCAACGAGUAGCGAAUACAAUCCACCAUCACCUACUUUGGCUCGUCGACCAAUCGGUCAAAAGGCAGCCAAAAGGAAGGAGAAGGAAAAGUUUGUGGAAAAGUCUACUACUCCCAAUGUCAAAUAUGAUUCUUUGAAAGAUGACUUCAAAAAAAAAUUUGAUUUGAUGUCAACGUUUGCACGAGACUAUGCACGUAUUGAGGGUGAAAAAGUUGAGAUAGAAAGAAAAAAGGUUGAGAGUGCAGAGGAAAGAUUGAAGAUGAAUGAUUUGCAAAUACUUUCAAAAGAUACAUCAAAUAUGGAUACAAGACAACUACAAGCUCAUGAAAUAUUGUGCGACAUGAUUAGAGAAAAAUAUGGAAUUAAUUAG